ACGAUGGAUGCAACAUCGUGCCUCCUGCUCGUCCUCCUGCUCGGGACAGGGAUAGAAGUAAACAGUGCCCUCCAGUGUUACUGUGACCGCUGCAGCGCAAAUUCCAGCUGCACGACAGAUGGCGUCUGCUUCGUCGCCAUACGCAAGUCCGGCAGCCGAAAAACCACUGAGCAGCGCCAGUGUGUACAAGAAAAUGAACUGUUCCCGCGAGACCGGCCCUUCAUCUGUGCCCCGUCCGUUAAACAUGACACGGGUAUUUACCCAAUAUGCUGUACCACGGACUACUGCAACAAAGACCCUGACCUUGAAUUUUUCCCUGUCACUACAGAAUCGCCUCCUCCUCUGGGCCCUGUGGCCCUUGCAGCGGUGAUCGCAGGCCCAGUGUGUGUUCUCUGCCUGCUGCUUGUUGUGGCAUUUUAUGUUUGCCACAGUCACAGGGGUCUGGGAGCCGGGGGCGCGGCCCACCAUCACCACCACCACCGAGUCCCUAAUGAAGAAGAUCCCUCCAUGGACCAUCCCUUCAUCACUGUUGGAACGACACUGAAGGACCUCAUCUACGACAUGACCACCUCUGGAUCUGGAUCAGGUCUGCCGCUGCUGGUCCAGAGGACCAUCGCCAGAACCAUUAUCCUACAGGAGAGCAUUGGUAAAGGGCGUUUUGGAGAGGUGUGGAGGGGUAAGUGGCGUGGCGAGGAGGUGGCCGUGAAGAUUUUCUCUUCCCGGGAGGAGCGCUCCUGGUUCCGUGAGGCUGAGAUCUACCAGACCGUGAUGCUAAGACAUGAGAACAUUCUGGGCUUCAUUGCUGCUGACAACAAAGAUAACGGGACUUGGACUCAGCUGUGGCUGGUGUCGGACUACCAUGAACACGGCUCCCUGUUUGACUACCUGAACCGCUACACCGUCACUGUGGAGGGCAUGAUCAAACUCUCUCUGUCCACAGCCAGCGGCCUCGCUCACCUCCACAUGGAGAUCGUGGGAACACAAGGCAAACCAGCGAUAGCCCACAGAGACCUGAAGUCAAAGAACAUUCUAGUGAAGAAGAAUGGUACCUGCUGUAUCGCUGACCUGGGUCUCGCUGUCCGCCACGACUCAGCCACUGACACCAUCGACAUCGCUCCAAAUCACCGAGUGGGAACCAAAAGGUAUAUGGCUCCAGAGGUCCUGGACGACUCCAUAAACAUGAAACACUUUGAGUCUUUCAAGCGGGCCGACAUCUACGCCAUGGGACUGGUCUUCUGGGAGAUCGCCAGCCGCUGCUCCAUGGGAGGCAUCCAUGAGGACUACCAACUGCCCUACUACGACCUGGUUCAGUCAGAUCCAUCAGUGGAGGAGAUGAGGAAGGUGGUUUGUGAGCAGAAGCUUCGACCCAACAUUCCCAACCGCUGGCAGAGCUGUGAGGCCCUGCGGGUGAUGGCAAAGAUAAUGAGGGAGUGUUGGUAUGCCAACGGUGCAGCCCGACUCACUGCGCUCCGGAUCAAGAAAACCCUGUCCCAGCUCAGCCAACAGGAGGGAAUCAAGAUGUAGACGCAACCACCAAACACACAUAUACAUGCACGCCUCUGACUGGCAUUCAUAUCUUUAGCGCAACAGCAUUAUUAUCUUUAAUAUUAUUCAUCGAUUCUUCCUCCACUUUUGUUUGAAGGGAAGUGAAGAAUAUUUUCCAGCUUGUGCUCUUAUUUUUGGAAACCCAUUUCAUACAUUGAUAACCUGAUAGAUCCUGCAUCUGAAACUCAGGAAACCAUUCGUGUGUUUGUGUGCUGCACUGGGCUGACAUGCACACACAAAUGGCUGGAUCGAUGGAUGGAUGGAUGGAUGAUGGACAGAUCAGAUUGUUGUUUCUGAAGCGGAUAAAGGAGUCAAAGGAACCCUCAACUCAUUCUCCUCCAUGUUAAUUCACUACAUUCAUCACAAGAAGUCUUUCAAAGACCCCAUAAAGGCAACUGGUGUCCCGCUCAACUCCCGCCUCCAUUAAACCCCCAGCCAAUUAGAGAUCACAACUCCUCAGCUAACCUCAAGCCCAGACAGGGAGCUGGACAUCAGCCGGAGAGGCCUCUUAGCUGCUAGAGCUUCACUUUCAUCUCCUCCUAUCUUCAUUACCGUCUCCCAAUUUGUAAAAUUUCAUUUCACUCUUUACUUCGGACAUUAAGCUACUCUUCAGCGGGGCUGCAAGUAACUCAUUGACAUCUUUGGAUAAUUAUUUAAUAAUGAAAUAUGCAAAGAUCCUGAGUGUAGAAAAAUGCAUGAACCUAAGACUCAGGGGCUGUUACAUGCGUACAUACAUUCUUCAAUGGAUGUAAUGAUAUGCACAACUGAUUUAACAAAAGAAAAUCAGUGAAGAUCUAUUUAAUCAACACAUUUCAAUGCAAACAAAGUCUAUUUGUUUUUUAAAUAUAAGCAACCGAAAACCAUAUUGUGUAGUUCAGCCACCGCUAAAUACUUAUUUUUUUAAUUAGAAUACCCCUGAAUUAAAGCAGUGACCAUUUUAACAAUGGGAAACAACAAUCUGAAUAGACACAGUUUAAUUUAUUUUAAUUUGACAGAUCGUCGUAUUUAGAAAUCUCAGUUUUAGCUUCUGAACUUUAAAAAACAGUAGGGAUGGCAUCAACUGGGACUCUGUCUAAUCAGGUUCAGUAUUGAUCAAUGUCAGAUAUAUGUCAAUAGGGACUACAGUUUAAUAUCAACAGCCUUGUGUCUCUUUAUAAUAACAAUGUCUUGAAAUUUAAGCUAAAGAAACUACUUUGGAAAAACUUUUCCUAAUUGAAUGAGUUAUACUGCUCAUUUUUAUGCUAUUAAAAUAAACAGAAGUUGAUCAGGAUUCCUCGGCCAUGAUCAAUCAAGAUCAUCAUGAUUCAGCAGUUUGUCAUGUGAAUUUGUUUGCAGCCCUACUCUUGAGUCAUGUUACAGUAGCACGGGACUGAAGCGAGGAAUCAUGGUACUUAGUGUGCUCUGCCCUGUGGGGUUCACACACACACACACACACACACACACACACACACACACACACACACACACAUCGCCUUUUCUAGUUGAGUUGUAAAAGCAGAAUCUCUCAUCUCUGCAAGAAUUUUGCACCUGUUUUUCCUUCUGUUAUUGUGUUUCCCCGUCUCCCAUCAUGUUGUCAGGGAGUCGGACAGGUCAGUUUAAUUUAUUGUAUUACUUUUUUAUUUUCUUUUUGGUGGCAGGGGAUCUUUUGCAAAACUUAACAGGACAUGAUGACCUCAUUCAUUUUUGGCGAACAUGCUGCAACAUAUGCAAUUUACAGUAGAUAAAUGUGUCUGUAUUUUCUAUACUCUGCUAAACCACAAACAACAAGAACAACAACAACAAUCAGCUGCCACCAUGCCUGCCAAGCCAGCUGUUACCGGAAACUGCAGUGCUUUAAAAACCCAACUCCUCUCAUGUCGGCUGCCGUGGAGUCGGUGUGCUCGAGUGGAUGCAGCUCUUUGUGCGUGUGUGUCAGAGGAGGCCCGCGGGAGCCCUGCCGAGCACUGCAAGCUCGUACUAUGCACACCCGAGAAUAGGGAUGGAAAAGCAAGAAGGGACACGCUGCACGUUACAGCACCCACGGCCCGCUCGACACCCUGGUGCCAUUUCGUCAAACCCACAUCUCCCCCACCCCCUGACACCUGAACACCUCAGCAACAACUCAUUUUACAGCUUCUCUUCUCAGCGGACUGAGUCUGGAAACUAAGCUCCAGCACCUCAAACUGUGUUAAGUUGGGAAAACUUUGCCACAAAAAGCUCAUGGCGAUUUUCAAAAAGAGACACAAAGACUUGUAAGCAUUACUGUUGUCGCCCUAUAAAUGUAAACUCUUGGAUUUCUGAAUUUUGUUUUCACGUGUGUGCGCCGCUGACUGCGCAGUAGCACGAGUCAACCUUUUAAGUGGUUUCUUCUCUGUAGGAUAAUCCACAACAAAAAAAAAAUCAGUGAGGUACAUUCAUUUAAAUAUAGCAAACGGAUAAUGACUAAGCCAUAGGUUUUCCAGCUGUAUCUUUUUUUUUUGUGGCAAGUUGUUUUUCUACUAGAAUGUACAUUUACGAAAAACAAAAGAUGAAAAAAAACUAUGGACAAUUAUGUCAUUUCAGCUUAGCAAGCCUUAAGGGACCAACGCAGAGGAGUCAGGAUCUGCUCUUAUUUUCUCCUUGUUUUUGUUUUCUUCUCUUUUUUGAGAUAAAUACCAAUCAUAGGGAUCAUUGCUCCCUAUGAUAAAGAUAGUGUCAUGAUUCUAUCUAAAUGAUAAAAAAAAUAUAAUGUAGCAUCUGA